AUGUCUGAUAUCCACCAGACUGAGAAGGCUUUCCAGAAGCAGCCUACCAUCUUCCUGGCUGCAAAGACCCGCCCUGGAGUCAAGGUCAGCAAGGGAGCUGGUCGAUUUGUGCGAAAUGUUGGUCUAGGUAUCAAGACUCCCCGUGAAGCCUAUGAUGGUCACUGGGUUGACAAGAAAUGUCCCUUCACUGGAGAUGUCUCCAUCCGUGGACGUAUCUUGAACGGAACCAUUGUUUCCAUGAAGAUGCAGCGCACUGUGGUCAUCCGCAGAGAUUACCUGCACUACAUCAAGAAGUACCAGCGUUACGAGAAGCGUCACUCGAAUCUUUCCGCUCACAUGUCACCAGCUUUCUUGGAUGUGUCUGUUGGAGAUUCGGCUGUUGUCGGACAGUGCCGUCCUCUAUCCAAGACUGUUCGCUUCAACGUACUUCGUACCGCGAAGAAGCAGAUGAAGGGCUCCAAGAAGUUCCAGGCUACUGUCGACAGCUUCAACAAGGACCCCAAGCUGUAGACACUUUUUUCAGUCUUGUGUUUUCUUUUUCUUAACUUUCUCGGCUAAAUGUGUACUGAAUUUUACUUUGAAUAUUAUCCAAUCAGAUUGUACAUCGUGUCUAUGCUCAACUUCCUAGUUUGAGAUAUUGAGUUGUGCGAUGUUUGAAUACUUAGUCUUCUGUAUGUAUGUGCAUGCCUGUUUCCAAUCUCACUCAUCUAUAAAGGUCAUGUGAUUAAUUUCAAGCCGAAUCCUUGCCCUUAUUUCUUCUCGACGUACGUGUGCAAACCGUAUCUGUUGUCCGGCGCCAUUAAAUAAAUCACGGAACAUGUUGAGCUGAAUCAUAGUUUGAUCAUACCCUUACCCUCUAUUAAAUGAAGC